AUGAAUCCGCUUGUUCCUUACGCACACCAAGGAUUUGGACUCGAUUCAGGGACAUCCAUGUCGACUCCUGUUGUUUCAGGAAUCAUAGCUCUACUCAAGUCUCUACACCCUACUUGGUCUCCUGCUGCAUUUAAAUCAGCUUUGGUCACAACAGCUUGGAGGACAAGUCCAUCUGGUGAACCUAUUUUUGCUGAAGGAUCAAACAAGAAGCUUGCAGAUCCAUUUGACUAUGGUGGAGGUCUUGUAAACCCUGAAAAGGCCGCAGACCCUGGACUAGUCUAUGAUAUGGGGACGGAAGAUUACAUAAACUAUAUGUGUGCCGCAGGUUACAAAGACUCCUCAAUCUCUAGUGUGGUCGGUAAAAAGACAAAGUGUCCAACUCCUCCAACUCCUAAACCAUCAAUUCUUGAUAUCAACUUACCUUCAAUUACAAUUCCAAAUCUUGAGAAAGAAGUUACACUCACAAGAAGUGUAACCAAUGUUGGACCUAUCAAGUCAGUCUAUAAAGCUGUGAUUGAGUCUCCUCUUGGCAUAACCGUCGCAGUCAACCCGACCACACUUGUGUUUAGCUCUGAAGAUAAGAAGGUGCUCACUUUCACGGUGAAGGUUAAGACGAGUUAUAAAGUCAACACUGGUUACUUGUUUGGAAGCUUGACAUGGACUGACGGUGUUCAUGAUGUUCAAAUCCCUGUCUCUGUUCGGACAAAGAUCCCCAUCAAGGCUUAA